AUGGUAUGCAAAUCGUUCAUCCUCUUCUUCGCGUGUCUUUCGGGAGCGGCCUAUAUGUCUCGGGAUGGUUAUAAUUCAGAAGGAGGAGUUGGGGAAGGGAAUUAUCCGCCCAGGAAGCCUAGGCCUGUUAUAAUAAUCGCGCACGAUACCAGCGCGGCCCUACGAUGCGCUCGCAUGAUGACAGAGAAAUGGCUCUCAAUUUGA